CAGUGCAGUGCAGCUGGCACAGGCCAGUUGCGUAAGGAGGGAAAGGAAGUCUCUGCAACCCUUUCCUGGUGGCCUGGGGACAAACAUUAUGCACAGCGCCGAGGCCGUGAAAUCUUUGAUUAAAUUCAACCACUGUAAGCGAUCCAUCUACAGCUUUGAGGUGCCAAGGCGUUGCCCUCUCUGCCAAGAAGCGCUGGGCUCAGCAGAGCUGGCUGAUGCUCCAGUCAGUAUCUCCAGCCCCUUCAGCAAUGGACACCAGGAGAAAUGCUCCUUCCUUCUCAGGCCAACCCAGGGCACGUUUCUCAGGGAGUAUGAUGGAAGGUCUGAUCUUCAUGUUGGGAUAACUAACACAAAUGGAGUGGUGUACAACUAUGACAGAAGUGGUGUGCAGCGGGACAGGACGGGCUGGGAGCAAAGCCUGGCUGUGCCACUCCUGCAGCCUGGCAUGCUGGGACUGCAGCACCAGUGGGACAGGUACUUGGAGGACUUCUCUGCUCAUGGGGCCUGGCUGCCACACAGGUAUAAAGAAGACCACCACAACUGCUACAGCUACUCCCUCGCUUUCAUUAACUGCAUUCUAGCCACUGAGGGAAAGAAGCAACUGGACAAGACUGAGUUCACAGAGGAAUAUGUGGUCCCAAGGACGAGGCUGGCCUCCAAGUACAUCAUGCUAUACCGGGCCAUCGAAGAGCAUGGCUUCUACAUGACUGACCAUGCCAGCCCUGAGGCUCAUCCUCCUUAGGGGAGCCACUGUGCUGAGCAUGGGGUAUGGAAGAAGUGGCAGGACAUUCCAGGUCCUGCUUCAAACCUACACUUUGAAUCCAUGCUUGUGGAUUCCUAAAUGCAUCUAACUGUGGUAAUGAAAAAAUGCAUAGGCUUCUUGAAGCACAUUUCAACUUACGAUGGCCUAAAAAUUCAUAAAAUAAAAAUUCCCCUGGUGUAGGGAACCACUCAGACUGCUUCAAAGCUCAGUGGGUCUAAGGAUACCUGGGGACAUGACCUUAUUUGUGUAGCACAGGUACACAGUGGAAUACAGUUAUGUAACCCUAAGCACAGAUCAACAUGCAUGCACUUUUGCCGCACAAUGUAAGAAUGUAAACAUGAUAAUAUCCUGUAUAAGAUAAUAUCCUGUAUAAGAAUUAUACAAUAAAGACUCAGGUGGCUCUUGCUCUCUUGCACGCUCA